UGUGGGGAGAUUGUGAGGGGAGCUCCAUCACCAUGGGAUGUGAUCUCUGGGCCAAGGGCUGCACCCAGGCACGAGGCACAAGGCUGAAGCACAGCCAGUGGUUCCAGCAGCCAUCCCCAAAUCCUUUCUCCCGGUGCUGCUGUGACAGUGCUGUUCCUACUGGAGGAGGUGGUGGAAAAGGGAGAAGGCAGCUGCUGGGAGCAGGAUCAUUCACCAUGGAGGAGAACAGCACAACAAACUUCACCCUGAACAACACCACUUAUGGAUCUCAGGAUUGGGAGGACUUAAUCAGAUCUGAGUGCUCCAGCAUUUCCCACAGCCUGAUUGUCUUUGCAGGGGUGUGCCUGGGGAUUUCCCUCUGUGGGCUGGCAGGGAAUGGGGUGGUCGUGUGGUUCCUGGGCUUCCACACAAAGCAGAGCCCUUUCACAGUCUACAUCCUAAAUCUGGCUGUUGCUGACUUCUCCCUGCUCCUCCUCUUUCUCCUGCUUCUCUUGGCUUUUCUGACCUUAGUAGCAUUUUGCACAUCUUUGCUUCCUUUUAUUCAUCACUAUGAGCAUUUUGUGUUUGUCCUUGGCUUCCCGUGCCACAUGUUUGACCUGAGCAGCCUGGGGCUGCUGGCAGCCCUCAGCGUGGAGCGCUGCGUCUCCGUCCUCUGUCCCAUCUGGUACCGCUGCCACCGCCCUCGGCACCUCUCGGGCGUCGUCAGCGGGGCCCUCUGGGUCCUCGCAGGGUUUUUUGUUUCCUUCCUCUACCUCACCUCCACUUACACUGAAGACUCUGAGAGUGUCCUUGCAGGUGUAGCCCUCGCCAUUUGCGUGGUUUUUUCCCUGAUGAUGUUGGUUUCCAACCUGUUCCUGUUCCUCAGGCUACGCUGUGGCUCCCGGAGGCGGCAGCCAGGGAAGCUCUUUGUGGCCAUCCUGCUCAACGUCCUGCUGUUCUUUGCUUUAGGCAUCCCUUUCUGUGUGGAGGUUUUCCUCAACCUCCCUGCUUCCGGUGAUUUAUUCCCAGGAGACCCCUCUUUGUUCCUGGCAUUGCUGAACUGCUCCCUCAACCCGGUGAUUUACGUGCUGGUGGGGAGCUGCCGGCGGCGGCGCUUCCAGCGCUCCGUCAGAGUCGCUCUGCGGAGGGUGUUUGAGGAGAAAGCCGGGAGUGACGAGGGCAGCCACGGCCCUGGGGACACUGUGGUGGAGGUGACAGCUCUGUGAGGCACUUCUGGACAUGUGGCACUGGGAGAUGUGGUACCUCAGAGACGGCCAGAAGUAUUGCAGCGCAUGGCCCUGAGCUCAGUCCUGUUCCUGUAUUCCCCAUGGAAUGACCCUCGUUGCCUUGGUCCCAAGGAAUAAACUCUGAUGUACUGAACUUUAUCAUUCUGUUACUACCCCUAAAUCAGAUUUGGAUUUUUUCCUUUUGUUUCUUUUCAAUCUGGUAACUCCCGCCCCUGAUUUUGUUGAAUAAACAACAUCAGGGCUAUGCUGCAGAGCUUG